AUGGCGAGCUCCGAUGAGUCCUCUUUCUCCAGUGGCGGCGCCUCCCCCUCCCCCCGUUUCCGAGGUUCCCCAUCUCUUCUUCCGCAGGAAGUCGGUGGCGGGCCGGCGGCGGAUUUCUCGGAGGACGAGGAGGACCUCAUCGCCCGCAUGUACACCCUCAUCGGCCAAAGGUCGGCGGCAUUCUUCUCAGAGAACAAUUCCUCAUCUGCUGAACUCCCACAUUUUAAGACAAAAUCAUUCCCUAUUUUCUUCCGGACCCAGACGGUCGAUCGAUCGAAAACCUCGAACAUGUUCGAGAAUCGAGUCGUUCGAUCCAGAAUAAAUCGCCGGCGAAUGGAAUGGAUAUGUAUGAUUGUUUCAGGACCUGAAUUUUAACUGCUGCGUUGUGGGUUCAGAUGGACUCUCAUCGCCGGGAGGAUCCCGGGGAGGACGGCGGAGGAGAUCGAGAAGUACUGGACGGCGAAGUCCUCGUCGUCGAGCGACUGA